AAUUGCUUGGUAUUCUCAGUGUUGCUGAGGCUCGCUUGUGUUUAACACAACGUUGAAGUGAAACAUUCACGCUCUCAUCAGGAUGACACAUUCUUUGGUAGAAAUUCCGCAAGAUCAGUGGCCAGAGCUGCGUGAUCUGUACGAGGGGCAGAAGAAGCUAUCUUGCGCAUAUAAUACGCUUCAGUGUUUAAUUGAUUGGAAAGCGCAAAAUGAGGCACUGGACAUUAAGAUAUACUCGCUGGAUGGGGAUUGGCGAAGUGAUGGCACUUAUGUGGCAGUGAAAAAGAAACCAACAAAUUACGUAUUCCUGAAUACACUUACCGAAAACCAAGAGCUCUUAUUAACUGCGCUGAAAUUAGUGAAUAUCAAAGAGCCGCUUCUCAUAUUUGGAUACCCCGGACGUCUAAAGAACACUGUGGAAGAGUUCUUUGUAGGAGAGGGUUUUAGCAAAGAAACUUUUCUCGCGGACGGCACUUUUUGGUAUUAUAUCGAUAAAGAGAAGGCGAAGCAACUGCCAGUGAACGCCCCCGAAGGCUACACUCUACGUUCGUUGGAAACGAAGCAUGCCGAGCAGGUCAACAACAUUUGGCCUCACCGUACGAAUGGUUCAGUACAUUUUGUAGAGCUAUUAAUUGCUUAUAAUGAUAGUGUUGGAGUUUUUGAUGGUGCCGGCAAUUUAGUUGCCUGGUCUUUGAGACUACCAAUCGGGUCCUUGGGCUUAGUGCAUGUAGUGGAUACGCAUAAACGUUUGGGUCUUGGCAGCUUGGUUGUUAGUCACAUGUCCAAGUUGAUUGCAAGCAAAGGCCUCGAAGUCACUGCACCAGUGGUGUUCGAGAAUAAGCCGUCACGUUCCAUGUUUGAGAAAUUGGGCUUCCAAACAAUUGAUAAGGUUUAUUGGUCAGUGAUUCCAGAACGAAAAUAGUUUUUUGUUCACGUACCAAGGUUGAAAAAGAAUGAUUGUAUGCACGCAUGUCAAAGGGCUCUUGUAUGAAGUUUAGUUUUAAAAGAGACUGCUUUGUUUUAAUAUAUGAAUAGUAUUGUCAUGUGGAUGUGAAUGAAAUAUAUGUAUGCACAUUUGAUUAUAAAUAAAAUAUACAGAACUUUACUUGAGGACGAGA